AUGGCAUCUAGUGACUGCAAUGCGGAUGAAACGAUGGAUCCGGUGGAUAUUCUCCGUCAAUUUAUUCUCACCGCACCUCCUGGCGAACUCACAAGUGUUCUGCAAUCACUUCGAGUACUUACAGGCGAUGAUCAUCUCUUCUUUGAGGCGGCCCCACGUCUCUGUAUGGAACAUCACUUACGUCAUCUUACCCCAUUUACAUUAGAUGCCAGUUAUGCUAAACGGCAUGAAAGUAAAAUUCGAUAUGUAGAUCCCAAAUUUCCUUCUACAUCUAUCUCAACAACAGAAGAAACUUCUGAUGCUAUUGUUGAAGAAGGUAAUGUUAGUUUUUUAGCAGGAAGGCAGAAUCAUCUGUUUACACAGAUAAAACGAUUUGCCCAACUACAUCAUAUUCCUCUUCGUGAAAUUAUGGAGAGUGUGGAAGAAUACUUUCAGCAGCAACGAUCUACUCUUAUUCGAAAAACGGCUGGAAGUCCUAUUAAUUCUAAUAUCGCCACCUUUCUAGAAACAGAGAUGAACAUUCCACCAGAACCCGAGGAUCCCUUUGCGGAUAUUGUACCAUCGUAUGGUUUUAAUGAAUUAAAACAUGUCUUCUUUGAUAUUUCAUUACAAUUGUAUAUUGAGAUUGAUCCAUUAGAGCAAAUAUGUUGUUGUGUUAUUCCCUUUUCCUCUGCAACUAUACCAACAAUGCCGGAGAUACUACAGGAGAUUGAACGUCAAGUGGGAGGACUUCACGAUGGGUUGUGCGGGCAUGUGCAAUUUCUUCUUCAACAAGAAGUCGCUCGUUAUGUACAAAUGUGUUUUGGCACAACAACUGAAUCCACAGACUCUGCAGAGAAACAAAGGGAGUUGGAGAAGGAGAAGAAGGAGAAGAAGUGUGGGUCAGCACAGUUAAUGGGAUCUGCCCGAAUGCUCAUAAAUAAUAACAACGAUAAUAAUAAUAAUAAUAAUAAUAAUAAUAAUAAUAAUAAUAAUAAUAAUAAUAAUAAUAAUAGUUCUCGCAAGGGGGCCAAAACAUGUGCUGGAUCCUUUGUAGCUCUACAGCAGCAGCGGAGUGGCAAUAAACGGAAUACUACUACUACUACUACUACUACUACUACUAUUUCAACAUCAAAUGAAGAGAAUACAGUGAAAGAACAACAACUAUCAUCAUCAUCAUCAUCACAACAGCGAUCACUUAUCAUUGCCAUGUCAGCUUUACGUUAUUUCCCACGUAAUAUGUGGUCUGGUCGCUGGAAGUCUAUUUUUAUAGUGGAAUGCAUAAAGACUACAUCGCAGGAAAUGCAGAUCCAGAUAAGAGGAGAAACGCAGGUCUACGCCCAUUACUAUGAAGAAGGGAAUAUACAUCUUGAGAUUGCCAGAGAACUCAAUCCCACACCGUUAACAGAAUGGCCUGCAGAGAUCUUCACUGCAGAUGAUACCAACACUUUAUUAAUUCCGUCAACGGGAAAUACUCCCGAUGCGUGGGAAUUGACAAGAGCUGUAAUGACAGUUCUACAACAACAUGAGGAGUCUGUGCAGAGUGCUGUACUGCACGCGGCCCGAGAUGUGGAUGAUCGCGUACUGCAGAAAUUACGCCGUCGGCUUCCCAUCACACAACAAUUAUUUGACUUUCGUCGUUUACAAAUAAUUCCCCGUCCACUGUUCACACGGCCAGAGAACAGAGAGGAGACAUAA